AUGCUGACAACCUUCUUUUGCAGAGGUCCGGUAAAGGGAUACAUCGACGUCCUAGAAGGCCGCCUGUACGAGCUCGAGUCGGCCCUGCUGCAGGCUCUGCCCUUGGUAUCCGACGACCAGCUCAACCAAGUCACGGCCUCGAUCCCGCCCAUCCCCAAUCGCCGGCAUUUCAGAAAUCGGUUUAGCCAGCAGAGUAGCAGCGACUUCACCACGCCGCCUCCUUUCGACGUUGGGUUCCACCAACCUCAACAAGAAAGCCACCCUCGACAUCACCAGCAGCCUUCAUCUCGGAUCAUCUUGCCCGCCGGCAGUGACCUGUCUUCCAGUCCCGUCUGGAGUAACUCGGAAUACCUAAGACAGGUCAUGUGCGAUUCGCCACAUCACCAGCAGCAACACCAUCAGCACCACCUACCUCCUCUGGAGCUGGCAACUUUCCUUCAAGAUUCGUGGCUAUCACUACCGGCGCUGAAGCUCGCGGGAGACUCGAUCGCGCACCAACAGGACCAGUCUCCCGUCAUCUCCGCACAAAGUCAACGGUUUGACGGUGAAGGAGGGCGAGGAGGAAAUGCCCAGUUCGACUUCUUGCCCGACUUCUGA